AUGAUCCACUCGAGCGAGUCUGUGGCUUACACAGAGCAUUCAUUCUCAGCCAGACUUCCCAUUCCUUUUCCGCAACGAACCCUUCUUGUACAUAGAGUACUAGCCAACAGCCCGAAUUCAUUUGGUUUCCUUACAGCGACUGGGACGUUGCUGAAGCGCGGGACAUUAUUGGGUGGGCUGUGGAAGAGGCGGUUGCUGGUGCGGGGGCGGAGGUUGAGACUUGAGGUUGAUUUCACUUCGCAUGAUGAGUCUUACCCGCCGCAGGAUUUGAAUGUUGAUGUUGAUGGGCUCGAUGUCACGACUGUAAACCAUAGUACUGGUGUGCCGAAUCUGGCUAUUCGGUCCGUUGUGAAAGGCUACUUGUAUGGGCCUGGCAGUAUCUUAGUUGCUCAUGGUGAUCAUGAGGCUUUGAGUAUUUGUCAGAUUAAGGAUGCAGUGGUUGGAUACAAGAAGCUGAUUGAGGCUGCGUUGAAGAGCGAAGAGAAGGGUGAGAUCGAGUUGUGA